AUGACAGAAGUCAGAACCGACCAACAACACGCGGCAAGCGCUUCAGGCAAUACAGUCAAUAAUGAAUUUUGCGGUCCUACAAGCAGGUCGGCAACCACUUUCGACGCGAUAACCGAUCAUGCCAGCCUGCAUAGAGAAGCCGAGUAUCCCAGCGGCACGAAAUUCUGGCUCCUCAUGCUCACCCUAGCUGCCGUCCUAAUCUUGAGCAGCAUAGACAUGAACAUCGUCGCCACAGCCGUACCUAGCAUAACAGACUACUUUCACACCGUUGCAGACGUCGGAUGGUAUUCCUCUGCCUUCAGACUCUGCCAGUGUUCCUUCCAGUUUGUUUUCGGCAAGGCGUACGAGCUCUUCUCUAUCAAGACCGUCUUCUUACUUGCCAAUGCCAUCUCCAUAGCAGGUUCACUGCUCUGCGGCGCCGCCAGUACCUCGACCAUGCUGGUCGUAGGUCGGGCUAUAGCUGGCCUAGGAUCCGCAGGCCUUCUUUCCGGGUGCUUCGUUAUCCUCGUACAAUCAACACCUUUACACAAACGACCCAUGUUCACCGGCAUGAUGGGCGCCGUCGAAGGCCUAGCUACGCUAUCCGCACCACUUCUCGGCGGAGCCAUCGUGCAGUCCAUUGGCUGGCGAUGGUGUUUCUACAUCAACGCACCUCUCGGUGCCGCUACCCUAGCACUGACCAUAUGUUGUUUCUCAGACCCGCCAAAAUCCAGCGCCAUCGCCCGCAUGGGCCUCAAACAAAAGAUCAUACAACUUGACCUGACAAGCAACCUCUUAUUCAUUCCAGCACUAACAGCCCUCUUCCUAGCCUUUUCCUGGGCCGGCACCAAGUACUCCUGGACCAGCGGCCCAGUAAUAGCCCCUCUGAUCACCUUCACCAUCCUUAUGGCCGCCUUCAUCUACAACCAAAAACGCCUCGGGGACGCCGCCGCCCUCCCCCUCCGCAUCAUGAAACGCCGCAGCGUCAUCGCCGGCUGCAUCUUCAUCAUGUGCGGCAACAGCACCGGCAACGUCCUCGAAUACUACCUGCCCACUUACUACCAAGUCGUACGUGGAUACACCCCCGCCAAAAGCGGCUACAUGAUGCUCCCUAUUAUUAUCGCCGGCACCGUUGGCGCACUCAUCCACGGCUUCGGGACCAGCGCUAUUGGCUACUACGCCCCGUUCAUGCUUUUUGCGUCGAUCAUGAUGCCCGUUGCCGCGGGCCUCAUCACUACCUUCAAAGUCAAUACUAGCUUCGCCGAACUGAUCAUAUACACUGCCUUUUCUGGCCUGGCAUACGGUAUUGGUUUCUCCGGUCCGCAGAACGCUGUCCAGACGGUGUUGCCCGUGGAGGACGUGCCGCUGGGUACGUCGAUUAUGCUUUUCGCUCAGUCGUUUGGUCCGGCUGUGGCGAUUGCUGUUGCGCAGGUCUUGUUCGUGGAUCAGCUCUCGGUGAAUCUGAGGGGGCUUGUGUCUGGCAUUGAUGGGGCGGGUAUCGAGAAUAGUGGUUUAUCACAACUUGUGGCGGAUAUGUCGCCGGCUAAAACGAGGGAUGUUCUCGUGGCGAUUGAUAGAAGUCUUAUACAGACCAGGUAUUUGGUGAUUGGACUCGCAUGUGCCACGAUGGUGGGGAGUUUGAUGAUUGAGUGGCGGUCGGUGAAAUCGAGACGCGACUAG